AAUAAUAUCAACCAUGUCUGAUAAUUGGGAAUUAUCUCCACCCAAAGUUCCUGUUGAUCUGCCCCAGAACGAAUCAUCUCCACCCCAAGUUGUUCUGCCCCAGAAUGAAUCAGCUGAUUUAUUCAAGGACUUGGUGACGUGGAGAAGAAAACAACUCAAUCUCUUCGCCCUACUCGCGGCCACAUCAGCAUGGACAGCGAUGCAGAUUUACAAGUACAACUUCAUCACCCUCGUUUCUUACAUAGCCAUCGCCGCCGCUGUGUGCCUCUUCUUCUGGGGAAACAUCCACCGCCUCUUGAAAAGAGAGGCCCCCGAUUUAUCAGAACUAGAAAUCAGCGAAGAGGCUGCAAUCGGGUGCGCAAACUCACUCCGGCGGAAGUGCGAGGAAGGUGUUCGACUUAUGUUCCGAGUGAGCGUUGAUAGUGAGUGGUUCGUGUUUGUUGGAGCUGUGGCUUCCUUGUAUUUGCUCUCUUUGUUGGCUAAGCAGUUUGAUUUGCUUACACUCUUCUUCAUGGGAGUGGUGGGGGGAUUGACUCUGCCUGUAAUUUAUGUGAAGAAUGAAGGAAGGAUAAGAGGGUUUGGAGAAGUAGUGGGGAUUAAAUCAAGAAGGUUUUAUUCUAUGGCAGAAGAUAAGUUUCAGAUGAUGAAAAACAAGAUUGCUGCGGGAAGAGGAAAAGUGAUUAAAGAGAAGAAGAUGGAAUGAAUAAUAGUUGAUCUUGAUUAAUUAGUGAUUACGUACUCACUUUUUUUUUUUUUUUUUUUUUAAUUAAGUUAAUUGCUGUCUUAUGAAUUGUUGUGGGAUCAUAUUUACAUGUUCUUGUUCUUUUUGUUGAAGCGGUCAGUAGUCAAUACUCGGUGGUGGUGUGGUGGUGUUGGUUAAAGAUUGUAAAUAUGAUAAUAUAUAUUAAAUAAGUCGAACUCAUUAACAUCAG